CACACCCUACCGUGACCACAUUCUUACCACUGGAGAUGCUGCAUGGAUGACACGAACACGCGGACACGCACAGUGGCAGUGACAGCAGCGGCUUUGGCUCGCUGCUUGAGGCUGUGGCGCGGGUGACGUCAGCGCAGUGUGCGGGAGACGAAGCGGCGUGCGUGCGGCGGCUGGCGAGACAAAGGCGGUGAAGCGACCGGGGUCAGGCAGCGGCGGAGAGCAGCCAGUGUGUUUUACGCUUUUAAUUUUAUUUUUUUCUACGCGUAACCGAGCUUGGAUUUGAAGUGUAGUUGCUUUGGAAACACGGCAGACUAAGGAGCCGAUUUUACUCUGAGCGAUGUGAUUAGAUUCUUUCAAAGUGGAGAAAAGAAGAGCGUGCUGUUAUUUUUUUUUUAGCGUUUUUUUUUUUUUUUCCUCGAACGCCCCCCGUUUAGCGUGCUGCUGCUAGUUAGCCGCUAGCGCCUAGCGCCUCCUCCUGACGGCUUUUUUUUUUCUUCAAGACCGGAGCGAGCAGAGGACAUAGGCAAGAGAAAACGAGGCUUGUGCUCAACUCCCAACGAACAGGGGCAUCCGAGAUCUGAUGUGAGAUCCACGGACGCGCCAUGCCGAGCCCUUUAUUCCACCCGGAGAUUAUGGACCACGACGUGGUGAUCGGCAGCCAGCACAGCGGGGUCAGUCUGCCCCGGGAGACGGAACAGGAGUCCCGCGAAGAGGAGCACCAAGAGGCGCUCCGCUUCGCGCUGGACCAGUUGUCACUCAUGGCCAUGGAGAAGGUGGACGGUGGGAGCGGAGGAGGAGGAGGCGGCGGCGGGCUGGAGGGGACGCAAGCUCCGGGUUCUGAGAACUGCAACGGCGUGGGUGGAGGUGGAUACGUGGACCUCCAAAUGCUGGAGCAUCCCAGCGGCUCCCGGGAUUCCCCGUCGUCGUGCUCUCCGUCUCCUGAGUACUACGGCUCGGGCGGGUACCACAUGGCCGGUUCGCACUCCAUGCUUCACGGGGAGCAGAGCUCCGUCCUCUGCAGCAGAAAGAGGAGCGUCAACAUGACCGAAUGUGUGCCUGUCCCGAGCUCCGAACAUGUGGCCGAAAUCGUAGGACGACAAGGUUGUAAGAUCAAGGCUUUGAGGGCCAAGACAAAUACUUACAUAAAGACACCGGUCAGGGGUGAGGAUCCGGUGUUCAUUGUCACAGGACGUAGGGAGGAUGUGGAGAUGGCCAAACGUGAAAUUGUAUCUGCUGCUGAGCAUUUCUCGAUGAUCCGAGCAUCCCGAUGCAAAGCUGGUGGUCCUGGAGGAGGGGGUUCUCUACCCGGACCUCCACAUCUUCCUGGACAGACAACCAUACAGGUGAGGGUGCCCUACAGAGUUGUUGGUUUAGUCGUUGGACCAAAAGGAGCAACUAUCAAGCGCAUACAGCAGCAGACCCACACCUACAUUGUUACCCCGAGUCGGGAGAAGGACCCCGUGUUUGAGGUGACAGGCAUGCCUGAGAACGUGGACCGUGCCAGAGAGGAGAUUGAGACCCACAUCACUCUUCGAACUGGAACCUUUGUUGAUCUUCAGGGAGACAAUGACUUCCACACCAAUGGUACCGAUGUGAGUCUAGAAGGCCUUGGCUCUCUGAGCGGAGCGCUGGGGACGUCUCUGUGGUCCAGGGCUACCACCCACCAUUCUGCUCCCCCUCCUCCCCCUCCUCCUCCCCCUCCUCCUCACUCACCACCUCCUUCGCUUCCAAUGGCCAUGCACCACUCCUCCAGUCGGAAGAUGGCUUCCUCAGUCUCAUAUCACGCGCACAACGGCGGCAUGAGCUCAGACGGCUUCAGCACUACCCGCAAAGUUACAGAGGGAGGAAGCCCCACAAGUCCAUUUAGCACAGGCUCCAGCACUGCUGACAGAGGAUUCACUUUCGGAGGCGAUUCCGCCCCGGGCAUGCCCUCCUCAGAUGAACUUGGCUUUGAGUUUAGUGCUUCCAACAUCUGGGCACCUUUUGUGAAUGGAACAAGGGAUAAGACCGCCAGCAGCUCCCAGCAGCAGCCUCUGCGGCGCAACAGCAGCGGACUGAGUGGUGGCGCCAUCACUCCGCGAUUGUCUCCAACUCUGCCUCAGGACACAGGCAUGGGCCCGCUGGAUCAUCCGUUAGCCCGUCGUGCCCAGAGCGACCCCCUCAGCACUCUCUCCUGGUUACAGUCCAGCAGCACAGGCGGCGGCUCGUUCUCUGGCGCCUCCAGCUCCAGCUCCGGCGGAUCAUCAACCGGUUACUCCUCCUGCUCAGCCUCUUCCCUGCCUGGUGGUUCACCCACCGACUCAGAAGGAGGCAGCAGCGGAGUGGGGAUCAGUUCUGGGAUGCUGAGCCGACUGAAAGGUGGGUCCGGCGCUGGUGUUGCAGGCUUCGUCGGCGUUGGCCCCGGGGUCAACAGAGACUGUUUUGUGUGUUUUGAGAGCGAGGUGACUGCAGCUCUGGUGCCUUGUGGUCACAACCUGUUCUGCAUGGAGUGCGCCGGCCAGAUCUGCCAGUCAGCUGAGCCGGAGUGCCCUGUCUGCCACACCCCCACCACACAGUGCAUCCGCAUCUUCUCCUAAUGGAGAGGACGAGCUGGCAGGAGCAGACUGACCAUCACACAUCCAUGAUUGACCACAAUAAAUGCAUUAAUAGAGAUGAUGAUGAUACUGUAUGGAUGUUGUUAUUGCUGACAACUGUCAAUAAUAAUAAUAAUAAUAAUUAAUAAUAAUGACUUUGUGAGAGUGCAGUGAGGUGAAAAUGAUCUGCAGACAGUUGCAGUCUCACCGAGGGAACUUGUGGACAGAAAACUAGUGUCUUAUCUCUCUUCAGGCCUUCAUGUUGACCCAGACCAGCCUGUUUUGGCUCCACACGGCUCAGGCCAGCGGUCUGUCACUACAUUUCUUCAUUCUCGCUUCUUCAGCUGCCGCUUUCUUCACCGCAGCCUUUCCUUUUGGACAUGUUUAUACGUAACAGAUAUUUUUGAUGAAGCUGUCCAUGAGGCCUGCACUUUUUCUACUCCUUUAUUUUUCAUGUUCACAGCAGGAUGCAAACUGUUGGGCCAAUCUCUCGCUUUCUCCUCUGCUCUCAGUGCUGUUGUCGGUGAUGUUACAUGGCGGGGAUUUUCUGUAAGUUUGAAACUUGAAAAGAAAAAAAAUCUAACCAACAAAAUAGGUGUAGUCAGUAGUCAGGCGCAGAACACAAAAUUACAUCCAACACUGCUCUUAGAAUUAGAUUCUUGUCUUUAUUCAGCAAACUGGAUAAUUUGUCACUAAUGGAUGCUAUAUAGCAAAUGUGUUUCUGACCCCCCCCCCCCCCCAAAAAAAAAAUGACGUGACAUUAACACUAACUGUACGUGAGUGUGUGCCACAUUUCAAAUGUGGCAGCUGCUUUGACUCGCAGUAAACAUCCUUUAACACUUAGGAGGGGGGAAACUUAAGGAAGGAGUCAGAAGCCUGACAAUCCCUUUACAUUUCUGACUUGUGUGUUGGUGUCACUUUUUGUUGUUUUUUGUUUUUUGUAAAAUUCCUGCUGCCCCUCUGUUUGAGAUCCUUCCACAGCACAUUUCCUUACAGUGGUCACAACAUCUAUUACAGGUCACUCUGCUGACCGCGGGGCUAACAGACACAUUUUGAACUUGUGGGGUCAGACAGGGCUUUUCUAAUGUUGCACAUGAAUGUUUUCUCCAGUAGGGGUCUUGGUUAUGGAGCAGUGGCUGCUCCAACAAUAACAAGGGGCUCAAUGGAGCUUUUUUUCCCCCCCUCGUUUUCCCCGUGCACUGUAACUCAGCCCCUCUAAAACAGCUCUUAGCCCUUUUAUUGUGUUCUGGUCUUCCGCCCCCCCCCCCUUUUUUUUUUUUUUACAGUGAAGCUGUGACGCACUGUUGUACCCGUACAGCUGAGUGCUUCCAGGCAAAUGUCGCACUCUAAACUGUAGUUAUUUAACUUUCAUUGAUUGCUUCGUAACAUUGCGAAGUCUUAAUGAAGCAGUUGAAUAUUGUGAUCUGAUCCCUCCCCCAUCCCAUAGUAUUGAUAGUGUAUAUUUGAUUUUUUGGGGGGUGGGGGUGUUGUGACGGUACACAGUUGCUGUUUGCAGCCCUUUUGAAACAUGGAAUCGGCUCAUAGAAUGAGACAAGCCAUGAAUUAAAAAUGACACACCUAAUUCUUAAGGGCUUCCUCUGACUGCACAGACAUGAUGACAUUUUCAGGCUCACACCGUAGGAAGAAGGAUCAACGUCUCCUUUAUGGCAGCUAGUAGCUAGGUCAUCCAGGGCUUCCAGACACUGCGUUUCAAUCCCAGCAGCAGCGGAAUGUUUUUUAAAUGCUUUUAUUUUUCUAAUGGGUCUGUCUGUACACAGUCAUUGCCUGGUCCUCAAGUCACUUCCACCGUGUAUCCUCCCCCGGUUGUAGCUGCAAAUCAGAAGUGGGUGUGGGGGCUUGAUGUUGCAGGAAGAAGGGGUAACUCGACUCAUGAUUAAAAUUGGCCACUGAGGCGUAAACAGCGCGGGCAGCUGCUGCUCCGCUUUGGUGCUCUAGAGACAAUAAUGUUGAACUUCUGAUGCCUGACUGUCGGUGCGUCGCUUUGGCUGAGCACAGCAGCGGCCAUGUAUUUAAAAAAAAAAAAAAAAAAAAAAUCUGUGCCGGAGCUGAACUCGUGGUCUUUUAGAAGACUUGUCCAUGGUGCUGUGGUGCAGCUCCCGACGCAGACUGUUUACGUGCAGCGGUGGCACAGCUCGUCGUUUAACGGGUGCGGUUCUCGAGUCUGCUGUGGAACCCGCAGUCCGUCCUCUGGUGGAGGGGGUCUGGUGUUGCUUUUUUGUUUGCCUGUGCACAUUCACAACAGAAGCUGUGAAUGCGUCCGACCGAACAGAUCAGCGAUGACUGUUAAGUGACUCCGAGGCCCAUCUUGAGUCUGGAUUAAAACUCGAGUCGUUAAAGGAAUAAAAUGUUUCCAACAGAUGGGACUAAUAGAAAUCCUGGUGCUGUACCAGAAUGUUUCUGCCCAACGGGCGAAAGUUGGUGAUGUACAGUAGUGUAAUUGUUGAAAGGUACUUUUUUUUUUUUCUCCCCCCUCUCCCAGAUUGCUGGUUUUAAUCUCCCUCCCCCUUCUUUCCCCGAAAGGUUUGAAAACAGGGUUUCCUGAGGCAUGCUAGCCAGUGAUCUCUGACCUUUUUUGUGAUUAGAGGGGGGAUGCAAAGAGAGCCAUGCCAGUAAGGGGGUGACACACUCCCCCCUCACGCCUCCGCUCUCCUGUUUUGCUUUAAUUCUCUUUGUAUGCAGAACCAAAAUGAAAACGUCAGCAAACCCGGUUUCAGGCCUGACCUGCUUGUAAAUACCUGGAAUACAAUCAUCGAACGGCAUCUUGUUUUCGAGCGCAAACAACUUAAUUGAAGUGUAGUUUCUAAAGAACAUGUAUCAUUAUUUGUAAGUUAACCAUCUGCAUGUCUUCAAGCCACACGGCGUUAGUUAAUAAUUUUUAAGAUUUACAAAAACUUUUUACACAUUUUAUUUUUUACAAUUUAUUUGCUUACCUAAAUAUCCCAGACAAUAAUGUGACCCUUUUUAUGUCAAAUUUAUUUUUUCCAUUUUUAUUUUCUUUAGUAUUUUCUGUGUACUACAUAUAGGCGAUUUAUAACAAAAUGAUAAAAAUUAUUGAAGAAAUUUUAAAAUUGAAAUAUAUUUUAUUUGAAAGUUUAUGGACCUUUUAACCGUGAGCCGGGAAAAUUGUAUAAUCAUAUAAUUUGAGCUGACUUGACGGUUAUGAGAAAUGUAUCAAGAGUUUUAUUUUUUAUGCUUCUUUAAUAAAGUCUUGUUUUUUUUUUUU